AUGUAUCGCACACUGCCCACUCGCCAGCUAGUGGUCUCUAGAGGUGCCGUCCGUGUCAUAAGACGGCGUUUGGCCACCGAAUCAACUCCCCCUGCUCCCGCUCCCAAGAAAAAGCGACACGUCGUCCGCACCCUCUUUCUGACCACAACCGCGCUUGCUGGGACUUUCUAUGUCGGAAGCACCUUUGCCGCAUUCCAGAAUGAGGCAUACUACGAAAUCUUCUCGGAGCAGGUGCCGCUGGGCUAUGCCAUGCUCGAAUUCGCGGAGUCGCGGAAUUGGGACAAGAUGACUACUGCCUCUGUCAUAGAGUCCUCCAAAAAGUCAUUGGAAUCCGCUCAGCGCUACGUGACAGACAAAAUCAACGGCACACCUACGCCCACGCCAGAGCCAAAGCCUUCCACAAGGAACACGAAGGAGGCUGCCGCAAAGGUCGUCCAGGAGUCGAAGGAAAGGGCGAAUGCUGCUGUUGCGCGGAUAAAGACCACCGUCAAGAAGGAUGCGAAUGCUGUUUCCGGUGUUGCAAAGCAUCAAGUCGAGCAGCUUACUCGUGGCAUUUCGGAGCUUGUUGCGGAAGCAGAGGCUGCCCUCGCCAAACCCAUCGACUUCAAUGCUCUUGCAACAACUUCUGAAGUCGCUGCGCCACCUUCUACAGACACUGCUGGACCCAGUGCCUACCACGCUCCCUUGCCUAUUGGCCACGAGCUUCCUUAUGGCUACGCCAAACCCGCCCCACCACCCAAACCCAGUCCUCCACCGCCCAAGCUUCCGCGCCUUUCUCCCGACCUCUCGUCCAUCACCUCCUCUGAACCCAUCAUUGCCCACCUUGCUAGCACCAUCGACAGUCUGACCACUUAUGUGGAGGAUAACCCGAAAGCCGCCUCCAAAGCAGGCUCGGUCGUUGAAAGUGCUAAAGAGGAUCUGACGGCACUUGUUACACGGAUAACCAGGGUCCGCGAAGACGAACGGGCCGAAUUAGAGGCCAAACUCGAGGCGCAAGCUCGCGACUACACUACAAAGCUGAUGGAGCAAGAGAUGGAGGCGCAGGACCGGUUGGAUGGACAAGAACAGGAGUUUCGACAACUUUUCGACCAGCAUCAGGCAGAGUUAACUGCGGCUUACCGCCAGAAACUGGAGAAUGAGUUACGGACGCAGACUGAUCUCAUCAACGAGAGGUUGAAGGAGGAAGUUAUUGCUCAAGGCAUUGAGCUGCAGCGACGGUGGAUUCGCGAGGUCAAAGUUCAUGUCGAACAAGAACGAGGUGGCCGACUUGCCAAAUUGGAAGAGCUUUCAGCCAAUUUAAAACGAUUAGAACGCGUUGCUGUCGACAACUCGAUAUAUCUCGACGAAAACAUCCGCAUCCACGCCCUUUGGGCAGCUCUCCGUGCUCUCUCUUCCUCUGCUCUUACUUCUCCUGUUCGUAAACCAUUCCGCGAUGAACUACGCACGGUUCGUCACAUUGCGGCAGCAAGAGAAGACCCCGUUGCAAUCACCGUCCUCGAGUCGUUGGAAAGCACUGAUGUCCCUGACAUCGGUGUCGAGCCUUUCGCCGAUCUCGCGACUUGGUUUUCUCAGGAGGUGUCCCCCAAGGUGGCCCACGUUGCGCUUGUCCCCGACGAAAACGCCGGUCUCCUUGCGCAUCUGGCAAGCCGCGCCUUUGCCAGUCUGCAGUUCCGUCGCCAUGGGCUAGUCAGCGGGGAUGAUGUCAUGAGUGUUUUGGCGAGAGCGGAGCAUUAUCUGAACGAGAAAGACCUGGACAGCGCGGCGCGCGAGCUGAACCAGCUCAAGGGCACUGCGAAGCUGCUGUUGCGCGACUGGCUGGAGGCUGCGAGGAGGCGGUUGGAGGUGCAGCAGGCUCUUGAGGUUGUGCAGACCCAGGCGACACUCGCUGCACUGUUGGUAGUAGCAGACACAGACACGCCCUCUGAAUCGUCAUAG